AUGGCAGUGGCAUACUCAGGUGACACAGGACGCCCAGCUGGUUCUUGUCUUUCCGUUACGCAGGAAUGCCACGAGACAGACAGGACUCAGACCUGGAUGUUCAUCCUGAAAGAAGACACCCUUGCACUCCUUUCGCAGAUUGGAACGAGCCGAAUGUUGAGAUGGCAGAUGGCAAACACAGCAUCGACUAUGUCACCACUGCGAUUGUUUCCAUUGGAAAGCCAGCUGCCGAGUGCUGCAACUCAGGUGUUUCCGGUUCUUUUAGUGUGCAGAGAGGCUUCAUUUGUGCAGCUGACGGCAAGCUUAAUGCACAAGGGCUGUUGCAUGGUUGCAAAGUGGCUGCAGGUUGAGGUGCUACAGGAGUUUGCUGAAGUCGUUCCCUUCUCUGCACAUGCUUGGGCGAGAUGGUCGGCCAGACUCAAACUUGGAUGCUUAUCAUGGAAGUUGUAA